AUGGUCUUUUACGUGCUGGCGAUUUGCCUUGGUGCCACUAAACUCAGCGAGAAGACCGCCACCAUAAUCACCAAUUUUAAAAUGUCGCCCUUGAUUCUGGGCGCCUCCAGCAUUCUCCAUUCUUCAAACUCCCUACGGAAAGUGGGUGGUGCGAAACUCGAAUGGGCUGUUAUGCUUGCCUUCCACAUCCUCAUUGCUGGCGCGACCACCAUCCUCGCAGUCGGUACCCCGGAUCUACAAAGCUCGUCCCCGCUACCUUCUGAGUUGAAAAUGGGUAAGGCUGGGAUCGCGCUCCUGACUAUUGGCUGGAAAUUUCUCAUCGGAUGGACUGUGAAUUCGUGGUUUCGACGAGGCAAUACUCUGCAUGCGGAGGCGUCCCGUGCCGGGCGGAAGAUCCUUAUCGGCGUCGCACCCACUCUUGUUUUCAUCGGCACCCGUGUUCUGCAUACACUAGUUGCUUUGGUCUCUCAGAAUAAGUCGCUGAACCCGGUCACAGGCACUCUUGCUGUCCGCGUGGUGCUUGUUUUCUUGCCAGAGCAGUCUGCGGCUCUCACUCUCUUGGGUUGCUUCUGGAUUGCUCGCAAUGGCAAAAAAGCCGAGUCAACUGAUGAAGAAGCUGCCUGUGUGCGUCUGGACGAACAAGGAGUAAAGCGGGCGGGAUACGCAGGUUAG